AUUGACAAGAAAAAAUGAAAUUUUUAAGGAUAAAAUACAGUCAAAAUUUGUUGUCGAUGAUAAAGACAACAAAAAAUAUAUCCUUUCAAGCCUUGGAAAGAAAUGGCGAGAUGCACGAUGUAGGUUGUUUAAGAAAUUUUAUAAGUGGGACAUUUCUUUGGAGGAAAAUCUACAAAAUUAUCCACGUUCUAUUAAUCAAGACCAUUGGACUAUUUUUGUCCAAUACAGGCGUAAGACAGAUACAAUGGAGAAGGCUGAUAAAAAUGCUGCAAAUAGAGAAAAGCUAAAGAUCCUUCAUACAUUAGGCUCUAAGACGCUUGCAAGGAAGAGGGAUGAGUUGGAACUGAGAGAUGGUCGAAAAUACAGUAGGGGUGAAAUGUAUUCAAUUUGUCAUAAAAAGUCUGAUGGGUCAUUUGUCAACGACGAAGCCAAGGAAAAAUAUGAACAAUUGCAAGCUGAAAUUGGGAAGACUCCUUCUCCAAAUGAAGCAUUUGUUAAUGUGUUUGGAAAAGAACAUCCUGGAUAUGUUCGUUGUAUGGGACUUGGAAUAACACCAUCACAAAUUACUACAUCUACUUCUCACUCUGUAAGAUCGAUGUCUUCCUCUGAAGCUAAUGAAAAGAUGGAGAAAAUGCAAGCUGAAAUUGAUAGGCUUAAGAAAAGGGAUUCUGAAGUUGAUAUGUUGAAGGAGCAAAUUGCUUUCUUGAUGCAAAUGCAAAAUUCUAGAGACAAACAGGCAAUGGACAUAGAAUCGCCAAUAGAUGGUAGACGUUCAUCUGAGUCCAGCCACCAACCUGAUGAUCGUGGAACAACUUCAUUAGGGACUAAUUAGAUAUUUGGAUGAACUUCUAAGUUUGAUGGAGUUGUUUUGUAUUGUUAGCUACUCC